AUGGAGCACGUAUCCCACCUUCUCAAAAAGCUCUUGUCGUACCACUUCAAAUGUGUGGAGUUGAGGCUGUACCUCGAUUACAUCAUUGGCCAUUAUGUCGUGUUGGCCUGGUUAUCCACAAGCUCCCAGCUCUGGAUAGGCGAUAGCGUCUUCAUUCUGCCCUUUGCAGGCAUGUUCGAGCUCAAGACCAUUUUGGCUGUAGUAUAUUCCCCAACACGGUCCUGCCCGGCAGAUCAUUUUGGCCGCACAAAAAGCUUCGGAAGUACACAGUUUACCACAUUUGAAAGAAUGAACCCAGCAGGCCCUUCGUCAACGGACUUGACUUCUUGGCAAUACUGA